AUGUCCGCCGACAAGAUCGUUACCCUUGAGGAGCUCCGUGCCCACAAGUCCAGAGACAAGCUGUACAUCCUCAUCCACGGCAAAGUCUACAACGUAACAAAGUUCUUGGACGAGCACCCUGGAGGAGAUGAGGUUUUGCUUGCCGAGGGUGGUAUGGACGCGACAGAGGCGUUCGAGGACGUCGGUCACUCCGACGAGGCGCGCGCCCUCCUCCCCGGAAUGCUCGUUGGUAGCUUCGAAGAAGGAGCUUUGAAGUCUGGUGCUGCCUCAGCCCAUGGCGCAAAAGUGGCCACUGCCGUCGAGCAAGGAUCAAAUCUCAUGUACUUUGUUCCUCUCGGUCUGCUAGGUGCCUACUUCGCAUGGCAGUACUACAGCGGUUCUGCCUAG